CAUGCGUGUAAACGCCUCGCCCGGCGCGUCGACUGCACCCGCCAUUGCAAAAGGUAUAUAAUAAAGCUCGAUGCCGUGCCUGCUGCCCGCGGUGCAUCCGCAACGUACUAGGUAGACAUGAGAGACUACGAGUAUCAGCCCCUCGGCCCCGGCGAGAUCCGCCUCCUCCGCCUCGAGGCCGCCCGCCCGGACGAGCCCCUGUCGGGCACCAUCCUCCACCACCGGCUGCGCAACCCCGUCUACCGCCCCCGGGCCGAGGAGGGCGAUGCGGACGGCGGCUACCUCGAGCACGCGCUCGCCUACGAGGCCAUCUCGUACCACUGGGGUGCCGACAACCAGACGCCCUUUGACGUCGUCAUCGACCAUGGCUCCGUCAUCCGCAUCACGGCCUCGCUGCACACGAUCCUGCGUCGCCUCGUCCUGCCCGACGGCCCGCGCGUGCUCUGGGCCGACGCCAUAUGCAUCAACCAGGUCACCUCGGCCGACAACCGCGAAAAGGGCGAGCAGAUCCAGAUGAUGCCCGACAUCUACCGCAUCGCGUCGUGCGUCCAGGUCUACCUCGGCCCCGGCGCCGACGACGUCGCCCUCGCCCUCGACUUCAUCCGCUCCAUCGCCGACUACUCCGAGUACCUCGACACCUCGCAGCACGACGACGGCGAGACCGCCACGGCCCUCGCCCAGCAGCGCGGCUUCGUCCUGCCCCCCGUGGGCGACCCGCGAUGGCCCGCCCUCCGCGCUUUUCUGCGCCGGCCCUGGUUCCGCCGCGUCUGGAUCAUCCAAGAGUUCGUCUAUGCGACCGACGUCGCCGUCACCUGCGGCGACCACGACAUCGACUGGCACCUCCUGUGGCUCUGCGCCAAGGCCUACGCCGACAACCGCCAGCUCAUCUACACCGGCUACUCCCCCGACCUCUUCGGCACCCGCCGUCUUGACCUCUUCCGCGAGGCCCACGAGGGGGCUCGCGCCAUGCUCGUCGUCACCGACCUGCGCAUGCGCGCCUGGGGCUACAUGACGCCCACCUACAUGAUCCUCAGCCUGAACGAGAACCGCGACAAGGACAAGUUCUCAGGCCUGUCCAUCCGCAAGGACCUCAACGCCAUCAAGGAGUACGAGCGCUUCGCCAAGACGACGCUGCUCCACGACCGCGCCAAGGGCGAGACGUUUCCCUUUGGCCGGCCCGACAUGCUGCAGCUGUUGCGCCGCACCAGCAACUUCCUCGCCACGCAGCCCGUCGACAGGCUAUACGCCCUGCUCGGCCUCGCCGGCACCGACCACAUCAAGCCCGUCUACUCGGAGCAGCAGACGCUCAACGUGGUCGCCACCAAGUUUGCCGCCCACUUCAUGACGACAGGAUCGCUGUCCGAGGUGCUGUCUACGGCGGGCGUCAGGUCUGCGACGCCGUCCCCCAACGACCCGCCGUCUUGGGUGCCAAACUGGACAAAGAUGACGUACUCGCAGGACAUGCAAAUCGGCUUCAAUCGGCUGGCGGAUAUCCAGGACAAAGACGACAGGGAGAAGGACAACGGCGCAGAGCAGCCGGCAGCAGGAGACGAGGCAACUGUCAGGGAAGGCGAGAAACCGACCGAGGAGGCGCAGCCAAGGGAAAAGGACAGCGAACGACUGUAUUCGGCGUCGGGCGCUUUGCCGCAGGUCUUCCACAUCAAUGAACUCGAGGCGUCGCUCACCAUCAAGGUCACACCGGUCGACCGCGUUGUCCUCGUCCUGCCGGGUCAGCUGUGCCUGGGAACGCCCAUGUACCUGUACAUGGCCCAGAAGCUCGGCCCGGUGUAUGCCGACGGCCAACCCAUCGAAGAGGCCUUUUGGCGAACGCUUAUCGGCAACCGUACCUGGAACGGUCUGGCUGUGCCGGACCGAUACGCCGCGCAGUACGUGAACCUCAAGCGGCACGAGACGGGCCUCCUCGCGCGGGCGAUGCUGUUGCUCGUAAUCGUGGCCUUGAUUGCGCUGCCCUUUGUGACUAUCGCUAUCCGCUGCAUUCCGUUCACCGGCCACGUGGGCCUCGUGACGGCCGCCGUGGCCUGGAAGGUCUCCACGGUAUCCGGCGUCGUCUUGCCCGGCAUCGUGUACCUCACCCUCUUGCCGCUGUUCCGCUGGCUCUGGAUCACCGCGCUGGUGCCCUUGCUGGUUGUGAUCGCCUGGUACCUGGCGGCCAAGGUGUACCCGCUCCUCGUCCUCGAUGCCCUCAAGUACAUUGGCGUCACCACCGCCGCCAGCAUCGGGUCGGUGCCCGAGGACUGCACCGAGUACCUGACGAGCUUCAUGGUGAUGGGCAACAGGUACAACCUGUGCUUCACCGAGGGGAGGCUCAUGGGGCUGCUGCCGCUGCUGACCAAGGAGGGCGACAUUGUGGUCAUUGUGCACGGGUGCCACGCGCCGUUUGUGGUGAGGCCGACGCGACGCCAAGGAUACUACAAGCUCGUGGGCGAGUGCUACGUGCACGGGGUCAUGAAUGGCGAGCUGGCGGCGAGCGAGUCGAUCGACAUUGUCCUGUGUUAGCACGUCACCGUCGAACCCACGGCGAUGCGUCCAUGCCGUAGUCAUUCUGCCAACACGUCAGCGGGCCUGCUCGCUGCUCGCCUGCGCGCUGUGCCGUCACUCACCUCGUAAAGCUAGCGUUACACGCCGAUGCCGUCAACAGACGUGUGCAUCGGCUCAUUCCC